AUGAGGACUCUGCACCAUUUCUUGAACGCUUUGCUCUGGUGUUUCGUGUUUGCGGCACCGAGUCGAAAACAGCAUGCCCACGAGUCGAUUGAACCAGGACGCAAAUGCGAUCCUAAAACGUACAUGCCAGGCACAUAUAAUCUUCCCUCGGAAACUCAAUUCGCCGUUGAAGUCAUCGCUGCAUCCGCCUCCGAGAAACCGCUUUUCAAGAAACCGCAAUAUCUUUCGCUCGAGAAUAAAAUCAGCCCAAACGAUCCAGCGUUCGACUAUAUAGCGAAUCCGCUUCAGCAUAUGAAGUCGUCCCAAGGCAUCGCUACCUUCCAGUUCGAGACUAACGGAACCUUGACAGCGGAUGGAUUUAUCUGCGGGCUUGUUUGGGAGAAUUGGAGUGAUGAGACUUCUCGAAUUCUGUCCUGUCCGGCACUUGCUGCAUUGAAUCCUCAAAAGUCAGAUUGGGUCGUCCGCUCUGCGUGUGUCGACAAUAUCGAGAAGCUUCUUUUAUUACCUUCUAAGGACGAUGGACAUGAUCGAGAUGACAAAAGUGUCUGGCUUGUCAGUAUCGAAUUUGGUUCGCUCCUCGAGCGUAAGCCACGGAUCCAUUAUGCGAAGCUUAGCAAGAGCAAGAAUGAAGCGCCUGUUAUGCUCAUUAUCAAUCCUCGCCAGCUGCCUGAUGUCUUAGUGACGUUACCAAUUGAAAACGAGGCGGUGCGGCCAAUUCAGAUGAAGCAUGGCGUUGGAUAUCAGCUUCUAUGUGCUCUAUUGAAGUCUAAAAAAGGAUGGGAGUCGAAGCUCUGUUGA